CUCUCGACUUUGGAUCACAGACAGUGAUAUCUUCUACUCGUUACUCUUCUACAAGGAGUAGCUAGACAAUUUCUGGUGGCGUUUGAUCAACGAGUGUUUUUAUAAAUUCAGUGGAAUGUCCAUGUUCUCGUGUUGCAUACGCCGGUCAAACCGGGGCGGAAGUGACGCUGGCCAGAUGCAGGAAUCUGCCUCGCUCGAAGCACCGGACAUCUCCUGGGAGAAUACCCUCGGGGCUCCGAAUGGUGUUCCCAUCGACGAGGAUACCAAGAAGAUCCUCAAACCAUGCCUGGACCUGCCACCACCUCCGCCAAUCUCCUUGAACGAGCUGAUCACUAAGAGUGAGAAUUUUCCAAUCACGAUUCCGGUCAACACCGUGCGUGCCCGAGCCCUGAAGGAACGGGGCAUCAGCCCUGACACACUCGAGGUCAACGCCAACUCGACGUAUCCGCUGAUCCACGAGGCCAUGAUUCCGUUGAUAGCCAACUGGCUCAAGUACAAACGAACCCACGGAAGCGUGUUGGAAAAGGCGUUGUAUGAAGAAAUGGGCUUAAUUCAGUUGAUCCAGCGUCUUCUGGAACAAAGAGCCGUUGUCUUCGUUGGUCCUCGCGACAAGUACCUGCUUAUGGAUAAAAACACCGGAUCUGAGGGCUGGGAAUACGUCGGUACGGAGGAGGAGAAAGAACCUUUGGUGCUGUCCAAGUGUCUCUCCUACGACGAAAUCAAAUUGUCUGCGAUGAUGAUGAUGUCGUCGCACACUGAAUUCAUUAAUGACGGGUCACGGGAUAACAAAGGCAUUGUUUCUAGUGACUCUGACUCGGUUCAGCCCCGAGGCGUAAUCAUCGGAGUUGUAGGAUCGAGGUUCCAGCGGGCAGGAGUUAUGGAGUAUCAAGAUAUCGUGGUGACACCGUUACAGAACAACAUGGAUAAUGGAUAUGGCCCAGCUACCGACGGGACGACAGAAGAGAGACGAGGUCUUCGGGUCACGUGGGCUAGAUUUUACGGUGAAGAAUACCUGCCACUUUACGAGGAAGCGGUUAAGCGGUUGAAAUCGAAAGAUAACAAGAGGUACGUCGUCGUCCCGAUAUCGCGACAGUAUAUUUUUGACGUUGAGAACUACAUGAAGAGGACGCUUCUCUCCGUGGAGAUGAUUUUACUGGAAGCAAACUCGAGGGCGGAGAAACAGAACACAACGGCCUUCUUGCACGUCGUUGGUUUCGGCCUUGGAGUAUGGAAAACACUUCAGGAUCAGGAAAUAUACUUUUUAAAAACAUUCGAGAUCGCAAUAGGCAAGAUGAAGAAGAAGCUCAAGUUCGUUUCUGAUAUAAUGUUCGCCUACUUCAGACAGCAGAAAUGCGGGGGUGCCGGAAACGGGGAUUAUUUAGGAGAUAUCAAGAUUCACUUCGCUCUGAGAGAACCACACAGCAGAUUAUUCCGAGCUACUGAUGCGAACAAACUUCUAGUGGUCACUUAUGCCUGGGAUGGAAACUCUUUGCCAGGUAAUGAAUUUUGGUUUGGGUCUUUGGCAACCAGUGGAGAUCCAGCCGCUGCUUGCAGCAGCCAAAUAGCAGAGCUUCACAAUGCCCGGGUAAAUACUCACGCCUCAGCAACAAGUCUCCACAUUGCAUCGCCGGAACACGGUAUCCUUCAUAUAGCUGACUACGCAAGACUCCAUCUUGCUUAGGACAGGAUCGGUGGCCCAUCAUUGGCCAUCAGUGAGCAAAAAGAGCCCAGAUCACCGCGUGCCCAGAGAAGCUACAGCGCGGAAAUCGAUUUUCUGCAAAAGACGCAGGCAGUGAGGCGUACCGAGGAUCGCCGG